AUGGCAUCCAUGUUUGCUCAGGGGGGCAGCUAUCAAGCAGCCGGCAACACCUCUAUCCCACCAGCCGCCAUGUUCACCACCAACCCUCAAGACAGCAGCAACAAUAAUAACAGCAACCCAAACCAACCGAACAAGAAAGAUGCCCCCUUACCGCCGUCACUACAGCAGCAGCAGCGGCAACCGCCGCAGCAGCAGCCGCAGCAGCAACUACCACCAUUAUCAAUGCCGCCCUCGACGGCGUUCCCGUUCGGCGACCACGAUCUGGCCAAGGACCCCCGCUACGUCGCCAUGGCGUCGCGCAUAGCCAGUUACUACCAACAGCGGUGCCGAGCCAUCACCAACUACCAGCAGCAACAGUGCCAGGCGUGGGCGAGCAUGCAUCGCAAGAAGUGCCAGGAGAUGAUGCAGGCGGCCAUGCUGAUCGUGGCCUGGUACAUCCGCGAUCGCAUUUCACGGCGGCGGCGGCGGCAGAAGCGCGCGUUCAAGCGGGGGCUGGCGCGCAAGGCCGCCGUCCUCCCCAUCUCAGCCUCGCGCAACGGCGCCGGCGGAGGGCGCAUCACCAAGGGCGAGGCAGUGCGGCGGUGGGUCAUGGAAGUGCCUGUCCCCACCGCGGCGGCAGACAAAGACCGUGACAGCGAUAGCAACGGGGCUGCUGCUGCUGCCCCCGUGCACGACGCGCUGGUAGACGAGGAGGAGGCCGCCUUCUUCCUGGGCCGGGAACCUCCGGCGCCCACGGGAGCGGCGGCGGCGCGGGCGGCGGAACGGGACAAGGACGCGCACCUCUUCAGUGUCGCCGAUCACCUCAUCAAAAGCCAGCUGGCGCGCAUCGACGUGCCGCUGCUCGGCGCGCUGUCGUUUGACGAGAGCGACACGGAGAGCGAGAGCUCGUAUGAUGACGACGAGGACUACGAAGAAGACGCCGGGAACCGCGAAGACGGCGACGUGGAUGCCAUGGUGGAGGACGGCCAGGAAGGGGGGACGAAGAGCUCGAUGAUGAAGACGACGAAGACGCUGAAGAGGACGACGACGAGGAGAUAA